GGGGGUACCGCGCGGCGCUUGGCGGGCCGCGAUGGCGGGCCGCGCCGAUGGGGGCGGCUGCUGGGAUCCAGGUGGCCCGCCUGCGCGCGUGCCGCCGGCACUUCUUCCGCCCCUGCUUGCGGCGCCGCUCGUGUGGUACUUCUGCGAGGCCAGCUGGUCGGCGCUGGUGGCAGCCAGCCUGCUGUGCCGCGAGAAGAUGCACGAGCGCAAGGGCCUCCGGCAGCUGGUCGGGAGCCUGCCGCGGCAGUCGCUGGCCGCGGCCGAGCGGUGGCGAGGAGCCUCGGACUUCGCGUCCGUGGCCCGGCGGCGCCUGUGGCGCCGCCUGUGCCUCGGGGCCAUGAGCUUCGGCGGGGAGGGCGCGGAGAGCUACCGCGAGCUGGCGGCGCGGCCGGGGGCUCAGGACGCCGACAUCCGGAAGGACGUGGACCGCACGUUCCCUGGGGCAGGCGCGGCGGCCACGGAGGCGC